AGGACCAAUAAUAAACAAAAUAUGGGUCAAUUUCAAAGUUAAUCUAACAAAAAAAUCACCAAAAUUACCGACUAUGUUAUGUUCAUCUUUUGGGAGACCCUGCACAAAGAUGAAAAUCUCAAUCAACUAAAAAUUAUUAUGCAACUACACCACGUACAGAAGAUUAUCAAUCGCAUUUUGACCCACAUUUUCCAUAUAAACCUUUAGACGAGGUUCUUAUUCUUCAGUAGAACAAAAAAUUUCUUAUAUUAAAUGUAUGACGACAAACGUUCGGAUUAAAGACGUUAUUUUUCAAUGAUGUUCUAUAGUUUCUACGUAAAUUGACUACAGAACAUUUCCCGGUACCAUUUAAUUAUAGAGUUUACGCUCCAAAUUCACUUGUAAGUUCGCUAGUUUAUGACCAAGAGGUGUUUCGUCAAAUGAAACGUACGUAAGUAAUAACACUGGUUUUAUAAUUACUGUCUAAUUUGUGUUGUUUUUUAAAUAAGUAUUUAAAUUGUCCUUACACGAUUUUGUAAUUCACUUUUUGUGUCCGUUUCGCUUUGGAACAUUUUAACUGUUUUAUAUCUGAUCGGCUCGUUACAUUUAAUAGUUUACUUUAGUGUGUUAUAGUAAUCAUUUUUUAGAGCUACAAUAUGUCGAAACUGUCGAAACUGUUACAAGUAACCGAGGAGGAAAAGAAAAAGAUUUUGCAACAUUACGACUUAUCCGAAGAGGAUUUCGAUGAACGCGUUAAUAUGUUAAAAGAGUGGACGAACAAGUGCGAACAUUUGCCAAAAGAAGAUGUCGACAACAAGUUUCGUAUAGCACUGUUAAAUUGCAAAAUGAGCCUGGAAAAAGCGAAAAAAUCCCUGGAAGGCUACUACCGGAUCAGAUCCAGAUACUCCAACGAGAUCUUCGAUAAAAUGACCCCCAAAACCAAAGAAUAUUUAGAAAGCAAAAAGCUUGUUAAAACAGUUGUCAUGCCAAAUCUGACCCCAGACCUGCACAGAAUCACCAUAUUCAAAGUGUCAGAUCCGAACGGUGAAGCUUGCGAUGCCUUUUUAUACGAACUACCAGUACUUAUGAUGGCCGAAAUAAGGCUGAUAACUGACCUGUUUAUAUCUAAUAUUAUUAUUAUAGAUUUCGACGGUUACAGUUGGAAGAACGUUUUAAAAUAUACACCUACUGUUCAACAGAAGUUGGUCGACAUAUUGAUGUCAGUAAAUUUAAGGAUUCACUCGAUCCACUUUAUAAACCAAACCAAUUUUAUGGAUUAUGUAAUGAGGUUACUGAAGAGCCUGCUGCCCAGUAAAUUAGUGAAUAAGAUACAUAAUCACCAGUCGUAUGACGAGUUAAAAGAGCAUUUAUCUGCAGAAAACCUUCCGUCAAACUAUGGUGGGAAACAGAAGUCUAUUGAAGUGCUUCAUGAAGAAUGGUGCGAACAAAUCGAAGAAAGUGACGAUUUAUUCCAGAAAUUAUUAUCCGUAAAAUCAACCGAAAAAAUCGAGCUGGAUCAAACCCAACAGGACCUCUUUGGAUGCGGUGCCGAAGGAUCGUUCAGGAAGCUCACUUUAGAUUAAAAAAAUACGAUUACAGUUAAGUGAAAGUAUUAAAUAUUUAUUUAUUUAA